UAUACAAAUACGAUAAAUAAAUAAAAAUAUUCAGCCAAAGGGCACAACAGCAUCACUUCUUCAUCUGGAUCCCUUUAUUGGAGAAACGGAGGCUGCAUCCUUCCGGGGCUUCAACAGAAAGUCCGGAUCAAUGCAACGAUGGAACCAAGGAAGGCCAUAAGGCAGCUAGCCCACGUGCCCUUCCAGGGAGUCAGGCAGGGCUCUUCCAGCUGCCGGGGCCCCGGAUUCUGGGACUUGCACGGCAACUGCGGAGCCCAGCCACAUCGUACUCACUUCCCACUUUCCCUGGGCUCUCUCGUCCAGUGGGGUGGAGGCAAUUUUCACUUUACACCCGGAGGGAGCCGCACUCACUCCGGUUCCAUCCCUGGAAAGCCGCUUCCGCGCUCCGACGCAAUCCUCCGUCGGCACGACUGGAGUUCGUAGCAGGAGGACAGGAAGUAGGUGCCUGGCCUCUCUAGGAAGAAGCCGCCCGCCGCUGACGUUUCCGGGAAGCAAAGGCGGCACAGGGAUGCAUUGCGGGACGGAGACUCGGCGAGGGUGGGGGCCCUUUCCGGACGCGCAGCAGCAGUUCCCGUGUUGCUUCCCAGGAAGCGGUUUUCCUGAUGCGGCUGGGCUCCGCAGUUAGCAUACAAUUCCCAGGCUGGAUCCCGGGGGCUGGAAAGCGGAUUGGGAGCUGGAUGUAUCUUGUUUUAUCUGCAAACUUCCUGUUUCCAUAGAAACAAGAACUUGUCAUCAAAGAGAGCUCAGUGGUCUUUUUAGAUUCCUCAGUGGACUCUUUCAGAAGUUCUGGUUCUAUAGAUGGAAGAAGGUUUGGAGUCCUGUUACCCAUUGGGAGUUGUGGUUGAGCACAGAUGGAAAAUGGAUGGAAAAACACCAGACUAUGAGGGAACAGCAAUACCCCCUCUCCUUCUUCCGGGGGAGGCCAGUCUGAAGGUCUGGGAAAGUUGCAGGAAGAAGACCCCAGAUGAAGAAAAAAUCAGCGUUGAUGUUCAGCGACAAAUAUUUAGAGGAUUCUGCUACCAGGAGGCCAAGGGCCCCCGAGAGAUAUGCAGCCAACUUCAUUACUUUUGCUCUCAGUGGCUGCAGCCAGAAAGAAACUCAAAGUCUCAGAUGCUGGACAUGGUGAUCCUGGAGCAACUCCUGGCCAUCCUGCCCACAGAGAUAAAGAACUGGGUCAAGGAAUGUGGAGUGGAGACUAGUUCUCAGGCUGUGGCCCUGGCAGAAAGCUUCCUCCUGAGCCAGGUGGAGGAGAAGAGGCAGGAAGAAAUGCAGUUGCAAGUGAAGAUGCCCUGUAUUAAUUUAGUCACUGAGCGCUCUGAAGCAAGAGGGGAUCUGUUGAAAUCUUCCCAGGAUUCACUCUUUGGAAGGAUCUCCCAAAAGGAUGAAGUUCAGGACACACCACCAGAGAACAAAAUGAUACACCAGCUCCCACUGGGAAAACCAGCUCCUCUUUCAGCUCAGGAUUCCAUAUCCUUCAAGGAGGUGGUCAUCUAUUUCACCAAGGAGGAGUGGGCUCUGCUAGAUCCCGAUCAGAAAGCUCUCCAUGAGGAAGUCAUGUUGGAGACCUGUAGGAAUGUGGCUUUUCUGAGUAAUGAGCGGAAGAAUAAACAGGAAACAGAGAUAGAGCCAUUGCAAGUCAUCAAGGUUGAAGUGGGAGAAGAGACAUUUCAAAAUCAGUGCCUGCCAAAAAAUCAAGAGGGAAUUCAAUUAAAUAUUCAGAGGAGCAAAAAUCCUUCUUCAUGUCCUGAAAUCUAUGACUUCCUGACCCAAGAAGAUAUUAAAGCAGAAAGAAGGCGACAGUGUUUAGAUUAUGAGAAAAUAUUUGAAGAUCAAUCAGAUUUAAGUAAACAAUGUGAAUGGAAAGACAGUGGAAAAAAAUACAGCAGGAUUUGCCCUCUUACUUUGCAUCAACAAGAUUGCAUGGGAAAGAAACUGUUUAAAUGCAAAGUAUGUAGGAAAAGCUUCAGCAAGUACAGUAAAAUUAUUGCACAUGAAAGAAUCCACACAGGGGAGAAGCCAUUUAAAUGCAUGGAAUGUGGUAAGAGCUUUACUCAGAGUAGUCACCUUACUUCCCAUAAAAGGAUCCACACAGGGGAGAAGCCCUAUAAAUGCUUGGAAUGUGGAAAGAGCUUUACUCAAAAUAGUCACCUUACUUACCAUAAAAGGCUUCACUCAGGAGAGAAACCAUAUAAAUGCAUGGAGUGUGGAAAGGACUUUGCUGAUUCUAGUUCCCUUCUUGUGCAUAAAAGGAUCCACACUGGGGAGAAACCUUACACAUGCAUGGAAUGUGGAAAGAACUUCACCCUGAGCAGUCACCUUACUUCUCAUAAAAGGAUCCACACAGGGGAAAAACCAUUUCAGUGUACAGAAUGUGGAAAGAGCUUUAGUACGAAGAGUUCUCUUAAAUUUCAUAAAAAGAUCCACACAGGGGAAAGGCCAUAUAAGUGCAUGGAAUGUGGAAAAAGCUUCAAGCGGAUUGCUGAUCUAACUCGACAUGAUAGAACGCAUAGAAAACAAGAUCCAUACAAAUCCACUGGGUGUGGUAAAAGAUUUCAUAACAGCAGGUACCUUACUUCACAUAAAAGGACCCCCAGAGGGGAAAAGCCAACUGAAUGCAGGUAGUGUGGGGAAGAGCUUCCCAUUGACUAUGUUGACGAAUUAUGAGCCAUGAAGUCUGUGUCAAGUCUUAGCAACCACAAAGGUGGAUUUUCUCCAUGACAGUCUGUCCUCAGGUAUGGAUAUUAAUCAACAACAAAGAAUUCAUGCAGAGGAAAUACCAUAUAAAUUCACUGAGUGUGGAAAAAAAUUCGAUGACAACAUUUGUCUUACUUCCCAUAAAAGAAUCCACACAGGACAGAAACCUUUUAAAUGGAAUGUGGAAAGAGCUUCAUUCAGAAGAGUAAUUUUAUUGCAUAUAGAAAAAUCCAGAGAGGGGAGAAUCCAUAUAAAUGCAGGGAAUGUGGAAAAAAGCUUCAGUAUUAGAUUACUUAGUAUAUAUAAAUAAAGGCAAAGAGGGCAGAAAUCACACACAUGUAUGGAAAGUGGAUAGAACUUUGUACAUUGUAGUAACCUGAUUUCCCAUAAAAGGAACUGCAUGGAAAACAAACUGUAAAGUGUGCAAAGUGCUUCAGGAUGAACUUCAAUUUUUUUUGUUGUUGUUCAGUCGUUAAGUUGUGUCCGACUCUUCGUGACCCCAUGA